CGCAGAUAGAAAUCCUCAAUGGCGGACCACAAAGAGUCGAAAAUGGAGGAGCUGGCCCACAAGAUCCACAGCAAGAUCUCCUCGCCGUCAUCCUCCUCCGAUUCCGACGAAGAUAAGCGCUCUCACGCUCGCGCUGUCGCUCUCAAGGCCAAAGUUUAUCGUCUCUUCGGCAGAGAAAAGCCUCUUCACCAAGUCUUAGGCGCCGGAAAACCUGCUGAUAUCCUUCUAUGGAGGAACAAGAAACUUUCCGGAGGCGUGCUUGGUGGUGUAACAUCUCUCUGGUUUCUCUUUGAAAUGCUUGAUUACCAUUUAAUCACUCUGAUUUGUCACUUAAUGAUACUCGCAUUAUCGGUCCUUUUCCUAUGGUCCAAUGCGUCUAAUUUCAUCAACAAUUCUCCACCAACCAUUCCAGAAGUUGUAAUCCCUGAAAAGUGUCUCCUUAAAGCUGCAUCUUGCUUUACGUUUGAAAUUAACCGAACUCUUGAUAUUGUACGGACCAUUGCAACCGGCAAAGAUUUGAAGACGUUUCUUGGUGCUAUUGCUGGACUAUGGUUUCUGUCAAUUCUGGGUAGCUGUUUUCACUUCUUGACGAUGGUCUACAUAGUAUUUAUUCUUCUAUACACUGUGCCGGUAUUUUAUGAGAAGUACGAGGACAAAGUGGAUGCAUUUUCUGAGAAAAUGAUAAUAGAGCUUAAGAAGCAGUUUGCAGUGCUUGAGAAGAAGGUUCUGAGUAGUAUCAAUAAAGAGAAGAAGAAAGAUUAGUGUUUGUUUCUUUUGGCUGAAAUCAAUUGUUUGAUUGUAUUUUUUACCUCUCAUCAUCUUUGAGUCCCCCUGUUUUAACAUUGCACAUAUCCUCGUUGAAUAUGGUUUUUCAACUAUGUCUUAGUUUUUAGAUCAUAUGGUUUUUGUAUGCAUGUCUGUACAUAUACAUACACGCACAUAUUGUUAUAAUUAAUAAACUCUACAGAGUAGUUCAUUUUA